AUUAGAUUUAUUGAAUGCCAUGGAAAAUUUUGAUGCUCCAUAUAAUAUGAGAUCAUGCAACGUAACAAAGCGGACACCAUCAUGGACAAGGUUAAUUGCAUUCAACUAAUGUUAACGUUGAUUACUAGAUAUGUAUAUUGCAAAUAAAUAAAAUUAUAUCAAAAACAAAAAAAUUUAUUAAAAGCAAUUUAUGAAGUAUUUUUUUUUUAUUUAAAAAAAUGCAAAUAAAAUAAUUUUAAACAUUUUAUGUUAUAAUUAUAUAUAAUUAGUAUAUUAUAACUGAAAUAUUGAUAAAAAACUAUUUUUAAGGAUGCAGACAAAUUAUAUUGGCGGAAUUAUUAUAUGAUAUGAUAUUAUUAUAUGAUAGCGAAAAUGCAAUUAAAACGAAACGGACUUAAUUUUUAUUCUUUUUAUUACAAUUAUUCUUCGAAUUUUUUAAGUGAAAAGAAUUUAUAUUAUACAAUGUAAAUAUAAAAUAUAUAAAUAAAAUGUUUUUAUAUUGUUUUAGAAAAAUUCGAACCAUAGUUCAAUAAAAUCCUAUCUAGAAAGGAGACUAUGAUUUUAUAUUUACACGUUAAAAAUUCUAAACAAGAUUUCUUCAAGGCCAAUAAAUGCCAAAGGCUCUUGCGAACGAGAACCCUUUUUUAGGAUGAUUCAUUCAACAAGCAAAAUUGCUUAUUCGUUGUUCAUAAUAUACGAAUGGAAUUUUUUACCAUACGAAAUAUAAUACCAUUUAACCAUUUUUGUAAUGAUAUUUUUCACUUUCUAUUUUCCUUUCUUCCAUCAUUAAAAAUACAAAUGAAUUUGUUCGAAAACGAUAAUUCGAAACAGCACGUAAGUUUUUGAAAUUUAUACGUAAAAUUUAUACGUUAAAUAUAUAAUAAAUGAAAUAUACGUGUUCUAAAGUUGAAUUUCCCACCUAUUGUACAAUGUUUAGUAAAUUAAAGUAUGACCUUCGAGAAAUAAUAAUAUAAUAAAUGAUACCUUCGAGAAAUUAUUCGUUAUCAAUCUGUUAAUAGUCACGUAUUCAUGAUAUUGUUAUUUUGGUACAUAUAUGGUCGAAGAAAUUACAUCAUGAAUCAUAUCACACAAGCGUGGAACACAAAAUUUUCUAACAAAACUAAAUCACCGACGCAUAAAAAAUUAUUAUCGUUAGAAAAUAUUCGAUCGCCAAUAAUUUAUUGUGGCUCCUGGAGAUCUAGAAUGCUCGACAAAGUGAAAGAAUGCCGUGAUGCUAUUAAGAACAUGAUGACCUUCGACAAGCUGACAAAUACCUAUGAAACUACACACAUAGUCGGUAAAACUCCGAUAAUUCCGAGAGCAGCUACUUCUAUGUCCUCGAUACCGGAUGUUAUUACAUUUAGUGGCAUUGCAUUGAAACAUAAAGAAUACGAAGACAUACCGAUUCUAAUGAGGGAUUCCAUAUUGAAUUCGGAUAAAAAAGAGAAAGAAAACACUGUUGUGGAACAAAUUGAUCAAACUAACAAUACAAACAAUUCGUUGAAACGUUUUGUUUCAACAGAUAACAUGCUCAGCAAUUCAUUGAAAUCAUUCAUAGUAUUGGAAAAACAGAUAAAAAAGGAAUUUUUGGAAGAAGAUGAUAUUUUCACAACGAAAAAAAAAAUUUCUGCAGAACCAUUCCUUUCUUAUGUGGAAGGAAACGCAGAAUUCAUUUGGCCAGAUGAUACAAUUGAGAGUUCUUCCGGAAAUGCUUGGAACUCCCUGGAACAUUUGAAUUCGUCCGAUAUCAGAUUUGGAAACCCGCGUACGAAUUCUACUUUUUAUGAAGAUAUUUAUGUGAAUAGAAAUUAUACAUCUUCCCCAAUUCGAAAUCAUUAUUUUCAGGAUUCUGGUUUUGAAAAUAAUUUCUCGAUAUAAAUCAGUCCUAUUUCCAAUUUUUUCUCUCUAUUUCUGUUUUUACUCUUUUUUAUACUUCUUAUUUAUAAUUUUUUGUAACUCUUCAUAUUUGAAUCAAUAAAAUUUCUUAUAACGAAUACAAUU